UGUGGGUGUGAUUAGACAUAGAGAGAGUGAGAGCAAAGUGCAGAAGCGCAGCGUGGUGUUGGAGAGUAUAAAGAGAGAGACGGAAUGCAUUUGUGUUUGUGAAGAAGAUUUUCAAUCUCAAUCUCAAUCUCAAUCUCAAUCUCAAUCUUAAUCUCAAUCUCAGCCAAAAAGACUUUCAUGUGUCUCGUCGUUUCCACUAGCAGUUGUCGUUGAUUGUUGAUUUCGUGAACCUUCCAUGGCUUCGACCACCACCUCCUCGCUCUGCACGUGGCUCGUCGCGGCUUGCAUGUCAGUCACGUGCGACGCCGACCGUGCCAGAGCCCCUCGCGCAAUAUUCCGCUCUUCCAAGAGGUCUCGCAGCUCGCAAUUGAACGUUUGUGGAUCCACUCAUUCUGGUAAAACUAUGGCUGUAGCUUUGCAACCUGCCCAAGAGGUCACAACAAUAAAAAAACCUCCUACGAAGCAAAGACGAGUAGUUGUGACAGGACUGGGUGUGGUUACACCACUUGGGCAUGAUCCAGAUAUCUUCUACAAUAAUUUGCUCAAUGGUGUUAGUGGCAUAAGUGAGAUUGAAACAUUUGAUUGUGCAGAAUAUCCAACCAGAAUUGCUGGUGAAAUCAAGUCUUUCUCAACUGAUGGCUGGGUGGCACCAAAACUUUCAAAGAGAAUGGAUAAAUUUAUGCUCUAUAUGCUGACAGCUGGCAAAAAAGCCUUGGUUGAUGCUGGAAUUACUGAAGAUUUAAUGGACGAGUUAAAUAAAGAAAGGUGUGGAGUUCUGAUUGGCUCAGCAAUGGGUGGCAUGAAGGUUUUUAAUGAUGCCAUUGAAGCUUUACGAAUCUCAUAUAAGAAGAUGAAUCCCUUUUGUGUUCCUUUUGCAACAACAAAUAUGGGUUCUGCCAUGCUUGCAAUGGAUCUGGGAUGGAUGGGUCCUAAUUAUUCUAUCUCUACAGCUUGUGCCACAAGUAACUUUUGUAUAUUGAAUGCAGCAAACCAUAUCAUUAGAGGUGAAGCUGAUGUAAUGCUUUGUGGUGGCUCAGAUGCUGCUAUUAUACCAAUUGGUUUGGGAGGUUUUGUGGCAUGCAGGGCACUCUCACAAAGGAAUACUGAUCCUACCAAAGCUUCACGCCCUUGGGACAUUAACCGUGAUGGAUUUGUCAUGGGAGAAGGGGCUGGAGUUUUGCUUUUAGAAGAACUGGAGCAUGCUAAGAAAAGAGGUGCAAACAUAUAUGCUGAAUUCCUUGGUGGAAGUUUCACCUGUGAUGCAUAUCAUGUGACUGAGCCACGUCCUGAUGGGGCUGGUGUUAUACUUUGCAUUGAAAAGGCAUUAGCUCAGUCCGGAGUAUCAAAAGAGGAUGUGAAUUACAUAAAUGCACAUGCCACAUCCACACCAGCUGGAGAUCUUAAGGAGUACCAAGCUCUAAUUCAUUGUUUUGGUCAAAACCCCGAGUUAAGAGUGAAUUCUACGAAAUCUAUGAUUGGCCAUCUACUAGGUGCAGCUGGCGGUGUGGAAGCUGUAGCCACAGUACAGGCAAUUAAGACAGGGUGGGUUCAUCCCAAUAUCAACCUAGAAAACCCAGAUAAAGGAGUGGAUGCUAAUGUGCUUGUUGGCUCAAAGAAAGAGAGACUGGAUAUCAAGGCUGCGCUAUCAAAUUCAUUUGGCUUUGGGGGUCACAAUUCUUCAAUCAUAUUUGCGCCCUAUAAGUGAAACAGAUUUCACAGAGAAGGAUUUUCUAUUAGUAUAAGUUACUGAAUACCCAGACAAUGUUAUUGCAUACUAACUCCAGUGUUUGGUUGGGUGAGAAUAUGUGCGGUGUGGAUCAGUGACUGUUGAGAAACAUUGUUUGUUGGGAUGGGGUUGUGCCUAGUGACAAAAUGAGAAUGUUGAUAGAUUUGUGGUGCUCCUGGUGGGAGAGAGUGAGUGAGUCUCUAUCUAUCCAGUGAUAUAAAAUCCUAUCUCACCAUGAAUGGCUAGAGUAGGAGUUGACCCUCUUUUGAUGUAACCGUUUAACAACCAUUUUAUGGGAUACACUCUUUUGUUUUAUUCCCAUGUACAAAUAGACCCUCAUGGCUGGGCAUUGCUCAAUAACCAAUUUCAGUCAUCGAAUCGAAUACAUUAUGCUUUUCACUGGAAUUUAUAUACCCUGGACUGGAGGGUACUCAUUUCCAUUUUAUCA